AUGGAAUCUCAAGCUUUAGAUUUAGAAACUUCUGAAUCAUCAGAAAGUUUAUAUAAAGAUAACGGAACUCUUAAAGGACAUUAUUUGAUUGAGAUUUCUGGGCCGCUGCCUCACAUUAACGAAAAAAUUGAACUUUCUAUUAAUGAUACAUUUCCUAAUUGGGCAAUUGCAGAGCACUAUAUUGCGCAGUACGGUUAUCAAAAAGGAUUUGUUGCUAUUAAAGUAUGCAAUAGAACUGACAAGAAUGGCCGUUUAACAAAUUUGUAUUACAAAUGUGAAUUUGGAGGCACUUAUCAACCAAAAAAAACUGUAAACCUACAAAAUCAACAUAAUAAAGAUACUAGGAUCUUUGCUUCUAUUAACCGUCAAUUCUCUAAUGAGUGUCAUGAAGAUAUUCGAUAUUUAGUAGUUAAUGGUAGAUGUGAUCUAUCAACAAUCAGGUCUUUUUUAUCUGCUAAAUAUCCUGAUCAACCUUUUUUUACAAGGGACCUUGCUAAUGUUGUGGCUCAGUUACAGAGAGAAUAUCGUGUAAAAAGGAAUGAUGCAUCUUUACUUUUAACAAAACUUUAUGAAUACAAAGAAAUUGAUCCUAACUGGUAUAUCAAGCCUUUAAUUGAUCCUAUUAGCAACCGACUUCGCGGAAUAUUUUGGAUGGAUCCAGGCCAGCGAGAAAGAUGGAUCCGAUUUUUUGAUAAUUACAACAAAACUAGAAUUGCUGCUCAGGCUUUGAUGCCCGAUGAAACUAUUGAAUCCUUUCAAUGG